AGAACACGCCACCCCACUACUACCACCACCACCAACUAACGGCCAUAUACUCGGAUUCUGUUGAAAAUCCAAGCUACCCUCUCUCUAAAUAUAAAACCUAAAGCCAAAGCUAAAGCUAAAAAGGCAAGCCCUCUCUCUCUCUCUCUCUCUCUCUCUCUCUAAACUUACCAUUUUUAACUGUUGCUUAACGCCAACCCCUUCAACCUCCUCCACCAUACGUUUCUUUCUCUCUCUCAUAAAUUCUCUCUCUCUCUCCCUUGCAUACAACUUACUUGCUUUCUUUCUCCUCUUGUUUUUUUCCUUUUUUUUUUCCAAUGGAUUCUUGCGCAGAGAACUUGCAGAGCCCUUGCCCUUCCUCCCCCGACACCGAAACGCCGCGAGCAGCCAGUUCCGCUGUGCAGCGAGCCCUCUGUCUCAUCAAAUCCGACGACCUCGAUUCCAAGGUUGAUGCUGCUAAAGAAAUUCGUCGGCUGACUAAAACUUCUCAGAGGUGUCGCCGACAGCUUGCUCAGGCUGUUAACCCGCUUGUUUCCAUGCUCCGAGUUCUUGACUCACCCGAGUGCCAUGAGGCCGCUCUUCUCGCACUCCUCAAUCUCGCUGUCCAAGACGAGAAGAACAAGAAAAGCAUUGUUGAAGCUGGAGCCUUAGAACCGAUAAUCAGCUUUCUUCAGUCACAGAAUUUAAACUUACAGGAGUAUGCAACAGCAUCUUUGCUUACUCUAUCUGCAUCUACCGCUAACAAGCCGAUUAUAAGUGCUUCUGGUGCCAUUCCCCUGCUUGUGGAAAUCCUUAGGAGUGGAAGUUCACAAGCCAAGUUUGAUGCUGUAAUGGCUCUUUCUAAUCUUUCAACACUCCCAGAUAAUCUCAGCAAUGUGCUUAAAACCAAUCCAAUCCCUUCUCUAGUUAGUUUACUGAAGACUUGUAAAAAAUCUUCAAAAAUGGCUGAAAAAUGUUGUGCUCUCAUAGAAUCCAUGGUGGGUUUUGAUGAGGGUAGAACGGCUUUGACAUCUGAAGAAGGUGGAGUUCUUGCUGUUGUUGAAGUACUAGAGAAUGGGUCUCUCCAAAGUCGAGAGCAUGCAGUUGGGGCAUUACUGACCAUGUGUCAGAGUGAUAGAUGUAAAUAUAGAGAACCGAUUCUGAGAGAAGGUGUGAUCCCUGGACUUCUGGAGCUCACUGUCCAAGGAACGCCUAAGUCUCAGAUAAAGGCACAAACCCUGUUACAGUUAUUGAGAGAUACUCCAUAUCCGAGAUCCGAGCUUCAGCCAGACACACUAGAGAAUAUUGUGUGCAACAUUAUCUCCCAGAUAGAUGGAGAUGAUCAAUCUAGUAAAGCAAAGAAAAUGCUGGCUGAGAUGGUACAAGUUAGCAUGGAACAGAGCUUGAGACAUUUACAGCAAAGGGCUAUGGUAUGCACAACCAGUGAUCUGCCAAUUAGCAGCUGUACUUCAGAAGUUUCUCUUAAAUGAUGAAAAUGGCUAUCAAACUUUCCCCUUUCAUAUUUCUUUUCUCAUGUGGGUUUGUGAGAUAAGGUUUUCCUUUGUAAAAAAGCGAGGAAAAAAAUUAGUAUAGUGAAGUAUGCCAGUCCAGGCCCUAGCGUAGGUAUCAGGUGACUGGUAAGUGUGAAUAAUAUGAUGUGAAGCUGCUUUAACAUUUUAUAGCUGUUUGUACAAAAUUUCAGCUAUUGAAUGGAACUUUGUUCAGUAAAAGUUUAAAUCUAAGUCAGAGCUCAAUCUUAUUAAAUAAAUAAAAGCUCAUUUUUUCUGAGCAAUUU